AUGCGUGGGGCUUCGCUGGCGUCGAGUUUGGCGUUGCCGCUGACAACCGCGUUUGGGGGGGCGCAAACGUUGUGGUGGCCCAGUACGACCUCGUCCGCUCCGCGCGUCGUUCUACUCUUCAUCCCCGGCAAUCCGGGCUUGGCAACGUACUACAUUGACUUUCUGCACGCGAUCUACACCUCCAAGCACCUGACCGGGGCUGGAAUCGAGAUUGUGGCGGUUUCGCAUCGCGGGCAUGCACCGCUGCCCAAAGUGGGCACGAAUGCGGUGUGGGGCGACAACGGGACGAAUGCAUCGCAAGCUGCUCGCGGGUGGGGAACCUCGCUUUCGGACCAGGUGCGACACAAGAUCGGCGUGCUGGAUGCGAUCCAACGCCAGUAUGCGCGCGAGGAGACCAAGGUGGUGGUGGUGGGACAUAGUAUUGGCGCCUGGAUGGCUGGCGAGAUUCUCAAAGCCCGACCCGAUGCGGUGGAUGGAUUGCAUCUGCUGUUCCCAACGAUGGCCUGGAUUGGACGCACGCCCAAUGCGCGUCGGAUCAAGCUGCUUGCCAACCGCGCGGUGACGGCAGCGGUGCUUCCGUUGCCGCUGCUGGUGCUUUCGCUACUGCCGCUGUGGGCACUGGUGUGGGUGAUCAGGCUGCUGACACGACAGCCGAGCGCGGCAGCACUUGCAACGGCAGAGUUACUCACCACGCCCGGGGCGGUGUACAAUGCGCUCACCAUGGCAGGUCAAGAGUUCGCCACAGUGCAGGCGCUGGAAAAGCCGACGGUGGAUGCGCUGCACGCCCUGACCGCCGAGCGAGGGGGCAGGAUUCGAAGCUACUGGGCCGCGGACGAAACCGAUGCCUGGGCACCUGGCUGGAUCCGCUCGCAGGUCGAGUCCACACUCUCCCUCCAGCGCGUCCAUCUUGCUCCCUCGCUCGGACUGGGCGGUGCAAAGAAGAGCGAGCCAUCGCGCAGAGGCUCCCACGUGCGAACGCGAAGCUUCUCCGUGUCCGAAUACCGCAGUUCGCCCGGAUCGAUUCCGGACCUGCGUCACGCCAAGGCAAUACGCCGACCCAAUGGCGAGAUCGUCAUCGAGGCCCAGGUGGUCGAGCCCAGCAGCGAAAGCGAGAGCGACGAACCUACGAGGGGCAACAGCGAGCGUGGCGCGCAGUACCAUUAUGGCCGCGCCAGGGCGACUGCAACGCACUGCAAGCUGGGCAUGCCACACGCAUUCUGCCUCAACCAUUCGGAAGAUAUGGCGAGCAUCGUUGCGCAUUGGAUUGCACAUGACCACCUCUCCAACAUCAUUUAG